GAAGAAUGUGUGGUUUGAAUACAAGUGGCACAAACUACAGUUUUGACAUUAUAUAGCUUACAGUGGGUUAGUAUGCGGUUUGGAACACAGCUCUGAAAUACAGCUUCUGAAAUACGCGCACAAAAGCGCAAGCGCAAGCGCAAGCGCACACACGUACGCACGCACAUACAGAGCCUCGCGCGCACGUAGAAGUUCACACUACACCCUAGCCGGGAGGAGAUCUCUGUAUGAAACUGAUGUAACGCAUCGUUAUGGAUUUAUACACACUGUGGAUGUUGGAUGAACUUUAACAGGUUUUUUUUUAUCCCCCGAUUCUUUUUUUUUUUUUUUUUUUUUUUUUUUUUUAAACUGGAGAGAACUCCGAGUUUCUUCUCCACCCAGGUUGUGAACACGGAGGGUUUAGUGACCUUCACUUGAAGCGUCUGUUUCUCGACGUCAGUCUGGGAGAAAAAAAAGGAACAGGAAGGUUUGAAAACAAGAGCAAAGAUCACGUCAGGAGGACUAGCAACAUUGGUGUAAAGGAAACAACAUGUAUAGUAUAGGGAGGGAGGGUUGAAGUCUCUUCAACCCUUCUACUCAGACUGUCCUCAUCCUUGAGCCUGGAGCUCCGUGGCCCAGUAAUGAGUGCCACUGCGAGCUUUCAGUCCCACACCACACCCGCCGUAAAGCAGCCGGCAUGGUGAGCAGCGCCUUCUACAUUAGCCUGGAGCUGCUGAUUGCUGCGCUGGCCGUGGCUGGAAACGUGCUGGUGUGCUGGGCUGUCAGCCUCAACAGCAAUCUCCAGAGCAUCACCAACUACUUCGUGGUGUCCCUGGCGUUGGCCGAUGUGGCCGUGGGCCUCCUCGCCAUCCCCUUCGCCAUUGUUAUCAGCACAGGCUUUUGCAGCCACUUCCACGGCUGCCUGUUCAUUGCCUGCUUCGUCCUCGUGCUCACGCAGAGUUCCAUCUUCAGCUUGCUGGCCAUCGCAGUCGACCGCUACAUCGCCAUCAAGAUCCCGCUCAGAUACAACAGCCUGGUGACGAAUCAGAGAGCUAAAGGCAUCAUCUGUCUGUGCUGGAUCUUGUCUGUGAUCAUUGGUCUGACACCGAUGCUCGGCUGGCACAUGAACAGCACCAACACCACCAACAUCAGCAGCUCGUGUCCCCCCGGCAUGACUGAGUGUCUGUUCGAGAGUGUGGUCACAAUGGACUACAUGGUUUACUUCAACUUCUUCGUCUGUGUCCUCCUGCCAUUGGCGGCCAUGUUGGUCAUCUACGCUCGGAUCUUCAUGGCGGCUCGUCGGCAGCUCAGGCAGAUGGAGCACAAGACAUCAUACAGCCAUAGUGAGGGAUCGUCCUCCUCCUCGUCGACUCGCUCGACGCUGCAGAGGGAGGUCCACGCCGCAAAGUCUCUCGCCAUCAUUGUCGGACUGUUCGCUAUCUGCUGGCUUCCUUUACACAUCAUCAACUGCUUUACGUUGUUCUGUCCGAAAUGCCCACGCCCAUCGCUCUGGAUCAUGUACCUCGCCAUUAUUCUCUCACACGCAAACUCGGUGGUGAACCCCUUCAUUUACGCUUACCGCAUCCGAGAUUUCAGAUUGACAUUUCGCAGGAUUAUUCAGCAGCAUUUCCUCAGGAGUCGUGACAGUCUGGCCGGCAGCAACACUUCCACCAGGAUUAGCGUCAUUGGGUCAUCCUUUAUCAACAUGACUAAUGGGAAAGUGUCUGACCGCAGUCCUGGGAAAAAUAUUAAAAGCGUGAAGGAAAUUCAUUGUACAGAAAGAGACUGGAACUCAGCUCGAGAUUGCAGCAUUCCUGCCCAACUUCCUGAUCAGAUUAGCAAUGAAAUUCCUUCAGAAAUCAUGCUGGUGAAGGACUGCUGUGUGAUCACCGAUGUCAAUCUGACCUCCAUAUCCACAAGGACAAAACACGUUGUGGAGCUCACAGAGGUCUCAUGAAGCAUGACGUUAGCCAAGUUAAAACAAACAUAUAGCCUCGUGUGAGCUACACAUCCGAGGCCUGAUUCUCGGUACUGUUUGGAGCCUGAUAAGCCGGGGGUUACGUGUACCUACGUUUGUGUGGGAACCGGAUGAACAUGGCUAUUAAAUUGCGACACGUCUCGUGUGUCGGGUUUAUCGGAUGGAUUUCCAAAGAGGUUUUCAGUUCUCUAACAGAAGUGAUGCUCCAAUGAAUCCAUACAUAAAGCCCAAAUUUAUUGUCAAACACAUAGUCUAUUUAUUUAACCAUGACAUUUCUAAUACUUUGGGAGUUCAGACACGUUCAGCUAUGCCAUAGAGAGUGAUUGUGGACCUUUAACGAGAGGGGAAGAACUCAGCUGUAAGACCUCGAAGAGUCAUAAUGUAUGUUCAUACUAGCAAGUGACAAGGUGACAAGUGAUCAGUCAUUUUCUAUGUACUGUACAUGGGCAACACAGAGCUGUGAUUUUUCUAGUGCCUAUUAGGUAUGACGCAGUAAAAUGACAAAUCCAAACAAUUGGUACUAAUGAUUCCGCCAUUCCUCCAAUCGUCUGCUCAGUGUUAUUCGAUGUUUCUUCACUUCCCCACUCGCAACUUUAGUUCCUUUAUGCAAUUAGUUCCUAUUUACUGAUUGACUUGCAAAAAUGGAACAAACACUUUGUUUCGUCUUAUCCGGUCAAAUACAACUUCUCAUUAAAUGUGUAGGGAGAGAUUAUGAAGAAUUAUAAAGCUUGGAAGGAAGUAGCAUUGUUUGUACCUCUGGCAAGAGUAGUACGAACUAAUGUAAAUCAAACAAACUGCAAUAACAUGUAAAACACACUCAAAUACAACAACAUGCUACAAACGACAUGAGUGACUUGUCACCUGCUAGUGUGGUUAGGUAAGACUUGAGAAAUGUUAGUGAGGAGACAUACAUGGUACGCAACGUGGUGGUGCAUGAACUCGGGCACAAGAAUCAAAAUGAAAGAAUUUUUAGGAUGUUAACUAGGCAGAAGGUGGCAUUUCAGGUGAAGUAUUUCUCUCAAACUUAAUAACUCCAUUUUGUACCAGUGUGCGUGGGGUAUCAUCAGUUUUGUUAGUGUUGUGAGGUUUAUGCAGUAAAGCUGCAUUCACAGGAAGUGUUUCCAUUAAUUUAGGUAACAAUGACACUCCACUGACCAUCAGUAUAAUGGCCACUGUAAAUAUAUAGUCUUGUGAAAAAAUAAGUACACCCCAUGAGAAUUGUUGGCUUUUUUUUUGACAUAUUUGGACAAGCAAACGUUGAUAUACUUGAAUAAAACAUGAAAGAUUAUCCUUUAAAAAUAUUUAUUCAACAGAAAUAUCAAUAGAUUUGACAAUCUUCUGUGGAAAAAGUAAGUACACCCUUGGCCUCAGAAGCUAGUAUUGCCCCCUUUAGAAGAAAUAAUUUCUUGUAUGCGUUUUGCCUGGUUGUCCACCAGGCUUGCUGGAAUUUUUCUCUUCCAUGCAGUAUUCUUCCAGUUGCAAGAUGUUUGAGGGUUUUCUUGCAUGUUCUGCCCGUUUCAAAUCCCCACACAACAUUUCAAUGGGAUACACAUCUGGGUUUUAACUAGGCCAUUCCAUAACCCUCCAUUUCUUCUUUUUGAGCCAUUCCUUGGUGGAUUUGCUAGUGUGCUUAAGGUCAUUAUCCUGUUAAAAGGUCCACUUUCGGUUCAACUUUUGGACAGACGGCCUCACAUUAUCUUUAAGCACUCUUAAAAGAUAUAUGAUGCAGAAUUCAUAACCCGUUAUAUAUGUAAUAAAAGUUAGGCGUCACCACAAUCUUGUCUCUAUGAAGUUAAUGAAGCUUCCUCUACAAGUCCAUACUACUGACUGUGAAACAUUUAGGUUUUUUUGGUGGUUCUGAAUUUUUCGAAAUAAAAAUUCAUGUCAGUGAAAAUGUCA